CGGGCGCCACCUGCCCCCUCCCGUGGCGGCGCGGCCGGCUCGGCUCCCGCCCGGCACACUCCACCCACCGGCGGCUACUUGUGCGCCCCUCGACGGGCCGCCUCCAUUUCCCCUCGCGGGCGGCCCGAGGAGGUGACCCCGUCCCGAGCAAAGCGCGGAGGAGACAGCGGCCAUGUCGCGGGGCCCCGGCGCACCGAUGCGGCUGCUGGCGCUGCUGAUCUGUUUGAAUUAUGGAAAUGGACUCUAUGUGAAGGUUUAUGAUCAAAAUGGCAGGAAUGGCAUGUUGUCGCACCCCAACAGCCUAGUCAGACAGAAGCGAGAAUGGACAGUCCCUCCAGCUUUCAUACGGGAAGAGGAAGACAAUUCCUACAAGAACCCAAUUGCUAGAAUACAUUCUGAUCUUGAAGCUUCAGGAAUAGUGGUGACUUACACUAUAUCUGGUCAAGGAGUAACAGAACCCCCUUUUGGAUUAUUUGUUAUCGAUGGCAAGACUGGAGACCUGAACAUAACAGGAAAGGUUGACAGGGAAAAGACUCCGAUCCUGCUUCUCAGAGGUCAUGCUCUAGAUAGGAAUGGAGCAAAACUGGAAGAACCAAUAGACCUCCCCAUUAAAAUUGUGGAUAUAAAUGACAAUUUUCCAGUGUUUUCACAUGAAGUUUUUGUUGGUUCAAUUGAAGAAUUAAGUGAAACAGGUACCAUUGUAAUGAGGAUAAAUGCAACAGAUGCAGAUGAACCAAAUAACCUAAAUUCCAAAAUUGCCUACAGGAUCGUUUCCCAAAGCCCUGGCGCUGCAUUCAGCAUGAACAAGGAUACUGGUGAGGUUCGAGUGGCAACAGUAAACCUUGACAGAGAGGCACAUAGUAGCUAUUCUUUGGUGGUGGAAGCAAAAGACCGUGGUGGUGAACCAGGUGGGAAUGCUGCAACAUGUUCCUUAGAAAUCAAGAUUUUGGAUGUCAAUGACAAUGUGCCCGUGGUUGAAAGUCGUGAAUUUGAAGUAAGCAUUGAAGAAAACAGAGCAAAUGUGGAAAUUUUGCGGAUAAAAGUAUUUGACAAAGAUGAAGAGUUCUCUGAUAACUGGCUGGCAAACUUUUCGUUUGUGUCUGGUAAUGAAGGUGGCUUUUUUCAUAUAGUAACAGAUAAAAAAACAAAUGAAGGAAUUCUGACUCUUGUGAAGGAACUGGAUUAUGAAAAAAUGCAAAGCCUAAACUUGGGCAUUGUUGUUACAAACAAAGCAGAGUUCCAUAAGUCAAUUAAAUACAGUUAUAAAGCACAAACAAUUCCAAUCAGAGUUAGUGUGAUUAAUGUGCGGGAAGGCCCUGUCUUCCCUGGUGGCACAAAAAUUAUUGAAGCAAGUGAGAAACUGGAGAUAGGACAGAUUAUUGGACAAUAUCAAGCCUAUGACGAAGACAUGGGAAAAGCAGCAGUUGACAUUAAAUACUUGAAAGGAAGCGACAUAGCAAACUGGAUCACAAUAAACUCACAGACAGGUGAAAUCCAACUUGACCAAAAUCUUGAUUAUGAAUCAUCUUACGUAGUAAAUGGUACCUACACAUUCACCAUGUUGGGCGUAACUACUGCUGCUCCUACGAAAACAAUCACAGGCACAGUCAUUGUUCAAGUUAAAGAUGAAAAUGAUAACUGCCCAGUUCUUGUGAACCCCAUACAAACUGUGUGUUCAGAUGCAAAAUCAGUUGAUGUUACAGCUCAUGAUUUGGAUGGUUACCCAUACAGUGAUCCCUUCAGCUUUACCGUCAUUGAUGAGCCAGAAGGAACAGCAAGAAACUGGAUAAUUGCAACCAGAAAUGGCACAAGCAUACAGCUGAUACCACAAGAACUGAAGACAGGCACAACUGAAGUUCCCAUUCUAGUAAAGGAUUUCCAAGGGCUGAGCUGUGCUAAAGCACAAUCUCUGCAACUGAGUGUUUGUAAGUGUGCGGAUGGCGGCGGAUGCGAAGACAAAAUUAGUGGCACUGCGCUAGUGAGUCUGGGACCAGGAGCGAUUGCGCUGAUCGUCUUGGCAUUUUUACUUUUGCUGCUUAUUCCACUGUUACUGCUGCUGUGUCCCUGCGGUUCGGGAGCGAAGGGAUUUGCUGCGAUACCCGACUACAGUGAAGAGAUGUUGCGUCAGUGGAACAGCGAAGGGGCAGCUCCCCAGGAGAAGCCGGUGCUAAGCCUUAUUCCACCCACUGGACUGGGGAGCGCGGUAGCAGCGGCCGGCGGAGCAGUAACAGCAGCGGCAGCAGCAGCAGGAAUGAGCACAGAGGAGACUGCAACAGGAGGAGGCAGCUCUGCCUCUCAUGUAAGAGAGCAGCACAUCACUGGCACCAAGGAAAGAUGGGAAGAGCAAAGGCAUCUCCUUUCUGGUGCUGAGUAUGGAGCCAUGGCAGCCGGAGGGGCUGAAGGCAUGACAGGUAUUGAAGGCAAGACAGCACUGGCUGGAGGAGGAGUCGCAGUGGGAGCGGCAGGAGCCAUGAAUGAAGAAUUUUUGAGAGACUACUUCACUGAUAAAGCUGUCUCUUUUGCGGAUGAAGACGAGACUCAAGCUGCGAACGACUGUCUCCUGGUUUAUUCCCAGGGAGAGUCAGGCUCGCCCCACGGCUCCAUCGGCUGCUGCAGCUUUAUUGAUGGUGAUCUUGAUGACCAUUUUCUUGAUGAUUUAGGAGACAAAUUUAAGACUCUAGCAGAAAUAUGCAUAGGCAGACACAUCAACAUGAAAGAUGGUAGCUCCACGAAUGAAUCAGGUUUUGGUCUUAGUGACACAAAAUCACGGUUCUUAGAUCAGCAAAAUGCUUCCAGCUCCGAACAAGCCUUUGCCUCAGGCAGGUGCUUCCAGCCCACGGGCAGCGGCACAGGAGAAGACACCAUGUCCAAGGAGGUGGUCACGGAAACAACCUUUGCAUCCCGCUCUGGGCAACAUGAGGUCCGGCCUCUUCCCACGGCCCAUGCAGAGACCAAUUUCACUGUGACAGAAACAUCCUACUCUGCGGGGGCUCCUGCCCGCUCAGCCACUGUCUUUCUAGACCCAAAGUUUAACGAGAACGUAGUGGUGACAGAGAGAGUGCUGGCACCCGCGUCGAGCUUGCAGGGUAUAGUGGAAAUCCCUGAUUUGCCACAUGGAAGUAAUCUGGUGUAUACAGAGAGGAUGGUGAAGACGGAGGGUGCCGGGUCAGGAGCCCGGUUGGGUCAGGAUCUCCCUGACUCCCAGUACGUUGUGGUGAGGGAGCGGGAGAGGGUGCUUGUGCCCGCUGCAGAGCAGAGCUCGCUCAGCUUCCCCGCUUCAGCAGAGGGUCGCAGCGUGGUGGUGACAGCCUCGGGGACGCAGAGCAGAGCCGAACAGGCAGCAGGUGCUGGCUGGGGGAGCCAAGAGCACAUAUUGAUCACAGACUCCCUGCGUAACCAGGUGGGCUCCAACACUGAAGGGCCACCUCCUGCCAGUGCCACACUGAGCAAGUCUUCCAGGGUCACCAAGUACAGCACGGUGCAGUACACUCGCUCGUAGCCUGGCCCCUGGCAGGGACGGCAGUAUCCAGCACCCUUGUGCCAGCAUGUAUCUCACCAUGGGCUUUUUCUUGAGACCUGGGUUUGCUGGAGCUUUCAGAAUGACAUGGACUUGCUUGCAGUAGUUUGUAUAACUAAGGAUUGUGACCAAGAAGCUAGUAAGUAAAUCUGCUGUUAUUAUGCAACUUUGGCAGCGAUGCUUAUGAAGUGGAAAGAUGUAGGAAAUAUAUUUUUUCAUUGUUUUCUAUUUUUAUAAUUGCUUUUUAUUAUUUGGUUAGUGUAAUAAUACCACAUAACCACAGCUGCAUAAUUAUAGGAAAGCAGAAAAAAAAUCUAAACCUGUACUGAUGGAUAGUAGCAUACAAAGCACAAGUUAGUUUUUCUGAAUUGCUGGUUAGUGUAUAUGGUACUGAAUUCACCCCUAAGAGGCACCAGUGUCUCAUUGCAUGUUUGUAAUCUAUUACUUUCUGCGCCAGGGCAGCUCUUCCUGAGCUGCAGCUGCAGAUCUCUGCACCUUGGUGAAUUGAUAAGAAAUCUCUCCUGCCUGAGAAGGCCAAGCCAUCAAAGCCUGUGCAUCCUCGGGGAUCCUGGAGGGAUAUCAUAACUUUGGGUUAUCAACAUUUGUACCUUAAGCAAUCAGUACUUACAUAUUAGCACAGGAGUUAAAGAGAGCAAGUAGUGAAAAAAGUGAGAACUGCAAUUCUUUUGGUACCUUGAUGUAAAAAUUACAUUACUUGGUGUGCGUCUAGGCUGACUUGGACAAGUAAGCAUUUACAUCACAUAGAUUUUUCACUGGGUCCUAAUUUGUCCCUUAAUGAUGUAUGAGAAACAGCCAAAACUGACCUUAGCUUCAGAGCCAAAGAUUUAGUCAGUGGCUUUGCAAGCAGAGUUUACAGCCCUCUGACAUUGGUAGGAUCUGAUUUGCAAGUGCAAUUAACUGAGUGAUUUUAAUUCUGUCUGUGAACUCACAGAUAAAAGCAUAGAAGUGCAGUCUGAUGUGUGUGUGUCUGCCUGUGUGUUUGUGUCUGUGUGUGUGAGGUUCUGCUGGCUCCAGGACCAGAGCUCAGGUGGCCUGUGUGGUGCUGUAUAAUGGCGGCUUUCCUUAGCUCUGACAAGACAAGAGAAAACUGCCUGUAGUUGUGCAACACUUAGAAUUACUUUACUUUCCAUGAAAUGUAUGUGGUAAAAAGCAGAAGACAGUACUUCACUGUUUGGCACCAUGUAUAUAUGCAUAUGUAAAUAUUUAUUAGUAUGCAAUUUGAAACGUUUAGAAGUUAAUUUUAUAGAGAAAAAUUGCCAUACACUCCUUAUGUUUUGUCAGAGUAUAAAGAAGUAUUUUGGAUUAGGUAUUGGUACCAUGUUUAUCAGCAAGCUGCCCAUAUGUGUUUGCAAAGCUCGUGCACCUACAGAGCUUUCUGGUUGUCUCCAUCUCUCUUGGAGUUUUCCUGCAGCUGCAAUGUUGUGUUUUCCACUUAUAUUUUUGCCUUUGACUAGAAGUGCUUUCAGUGUAUUUGAUUUGAGUGAUAAGCAUAUUAAAGCAUAAAAAGUAGGAACUAUGGCUUUGAUGAACAGGGUGCAUCUUGACAGACAGGCCAUUACAUUAGGUGGAGGAGUGCUUCCAGGCAAAUCAAACUACUUGCUUGCUUGGACCUGUUGGUUAUUUAUCUUCUAAACUUCAUUUUUAAAGUACAUGUAUUUACUUUUAAGCAAGCAUGAAGUUUUAAGUGGUAACCACUUUUUCAUGCAGUUAGAGGGAGUGAACUUUUUUCUGAAUUUUUAAUGGAGUAUUUUUGUGAUUUUAUGCAAUCUUAAAAUAAAGAACUCUACUGUA